CCUUCUUUUCUUUUUGUGCCGAGAAAAAACGGUGUAAUUACAGUUUAUAGACUUCGAAAGAGAAACACACGGUUACACACAGACGGCGAGAGAGAGAUGAGGUUUAUGAGAUACAUAGCACAAUGGAAAAGCGCUGCGAAGGAAGCGUUGGAUCGCACAGCUAUCACAGCGAAGUUCCUAUGCUGUCUUCACUUCACCAACAACUACCUCUGCUCCCUAACUCACGUCUAUGGGCCUAGCAUGCUCCCCACCCUCAAUCUCGCCGGCGACGUCGUUAUCGCCGAACAUCUCUCUCCGCGGCUCGGGAACCUCGAUCAUGGAGACUUGGUUCUCGUUCGGUCCCCUUUGAACCCUAAUCGGAGCUUGACGAAGCGCAUUGUGGGCAUGGAAGGGGACACUAUCACUUACUUUGACCCUUUGCGCGCUGAUUCUACUCAAACUCAAAUUGCAGUGGUGCCAAAGGGGCAUGUUUGGAUUCAAGGGGAUAACAUAUAUGCUUCCCAUGAUUCACGGCAUUUUGGUCCUGUUCCAUAUGGUCUUAUACAAGGGAAAGUGUUUUUCCGGGUUUGGCCUCUUGAUAGCUUUGGACUGCUAGGUCAAUGAAGGACCUUGUAAUGAAGUUACGUACUAGCUGAGGAACUGGAAUGUGGAAAUAUCUUUUGUUCAGGGAGGAAUAAGAUUUGUGAGUUGUUUUGGAGUUGGAAGGAUUUAUAGGACAGAGAAUGAGUGGGUGACCUCAAAGAAAUUGGAGGCAGGAAAGCAAAUUUAUUGCUAUUAAUAUUUAUUAAAAAUUUUAUGUUGUCGGAAAUCAGUGAGUAAAAGAUAGUUGUUGGCAUACAUCAAGAGAAAUAAAAUUUGGGAGCUGUAACAAGGGUUUAGCCCAGUGGCAAUGUGGCCUCAUCUUAGUGGGACUGCAGGGUUUUGAUCCCUGUCUGGCGCUGCUUAUCCCCCUGCCCAAGAUAUAGAGAUAAGUAAAGAAAAGGUGAUGAAUAAUCAAAUAUGUUAGUGCACAAUUGCUUUUUUUUUUUUUUUUUUAAAUAAUAAUAAGGUUGAGUCUGUAAUUUCAUGA